CGGCGCACAACACAGCUUGAGAGGUCUCUGUCACUUCAGUCACACUUCAACACGCAUACAAAGACAACACAGAAGACUUAUACGCCUGAAGAUGCCCCUUUCAAGCAGCUCCACGUCCUCCACAAAGAGCAUCCGCAGAGCAGCAUCCGAGUUGGAGAGGUCCGACUCCAUCACGUCUCCAAGAUUCCUCGGCAGGCGGCAAAGCUUGAUCGAGGACGCGCGCAAGGAGAGGGAAGCCGCCGCUGCAGCGGCAGAGGCUGCAGAGGCCAGUGAGCAGAUAGUGUUUGAGGAGGACAAUGGGAAAGCGCUGCUCAACCUCUUCUUCACUUUAAGAAGCUCCAAGUCGCCUGCACUGUCGCGGACACUCAAAGUGUUUGAGACAUUUGAAGCUAAGAUUCAUCAUUUGGAGACCCGACCAUGCCGGAAGCUCAAGGACAACCUGGAAGGCCUGGAGUACUUUGUUCGCUGUGAGGUGCAUCUCUCAGACGUCGGUACUCUUAUCAGCUCCCUCAAGAGGAACGCAGAGGAUGUUAAAACCACCAAAGAAGUCAAAUUUCAUUGGUUCCCAAAGAAAAUAGCAGAUUUAGACAGAUGUCAUCAUCUGGUCACAAAAUUUGAUCCAGACUUGGACCAGGACCAUCCUGGCUACACAGACCCUGUUUACAGACAGAGGAGGAAGAUGAUUGGAGACAUCGCCUUCAGAUACAGACAUGGGCAGUCGAUUCCCAGAGUGGAGUACACCGAGGAGGAGAUUGGCACGUGGAGAGAAGUCUACUCAACUCUGAGGGACUUGUACAGCACCCAUGCCUGCAGUGAAUACCUCGAGGCCUUCCAUCUGCUGGAAAGGCAUUGUGGGUACAGUCCAGACAACAUUCCCCAGCUGGAAGACGUGUCACACUUCCUCAAAGAGCGUACAGGGUUCCUGCUGCGUCCAGUGGCAGGUCUGCUCUCAGCCAGAGAUUUCCUGGCCAGUUUGGCAUUCCGGGUGUUCCAGUGCACCCAGUACAUCCGACACGCCUCCUCCCCUAUGCACUCCCCAGAGCCUGACUGUGUCCAUGAGCUGCUGGGCCACGUCCCCAUGCUGGCUGAUCGCACCUUUGCCCAAUUUUCACAGAACCUGGGUCUGGCAUCACUCGGGGCUUCGGAGGAAGAUAUUGAGAAACUAUCCUCACUGUACUGGUUCACCGUCGAGUAUGGCUUAUGUAAACAGAAUGGUGAGGUGAAGGCUUACGGUGCCGGACUGCUCUCCUCAUACGGAGAGCUUGUGCACUCACUGUCUGAUGAACCAGAGACCAGGGAGUUUGACCCCGAGUCCGCAGCCGUGCAGCCCUAUCAGGACCAGACGUACCAACCUGUCUACUUUGUUUCUGAGAGUUUUUCAGAUGCCAAGGAGAAAUUCAGGGAGUACGUUGGCGGCAUCAAGCGUCCCUUCUCUGUGAGGUUUGACCCGUACACCAGCAGUAUUGAGGUGCUGGACAACCCGCUGAAGAUCCAAGGAGGCCUGGAGGGUGUGAAGGACGAGCUCAAGGUGCUGACAGAUGCCCUCAGUGUCUUGUCAUGAUGACGCACCAGCCUGCAUUCACCCCUAUCUGCUCCCUCUCCGCUACGCUCUGAGACGUCCCACGUGUGAUCCAGACAAAUGUGUUCCUAUUUCUGUGCUGUACCUCCACUAUGAUGCCGUUUCAUGAUGAGUUGUCGCUUGCUGUCGCUGGCUGGUUGGCCAGUUAGGUUGCAACCUUUAAAACCUCAAUACGCAGCACAGGCAAAGUUUCCAAAGAUGCUUUAACGCCUUGCUGGGUAUGGAUCCAUUUAAGAAACGAUGGGGUUUUCACAGACUGCACCAUUCAUGCUUUUUAAGCAUAAAAAUGUGUUGUUUGAGAUGAUAUAUGUCAAAAUCUGAACCAAAAUCAAGAGGGAACUGUGAUAAUGAAUGUAUAAAAAAAGAACUAAAUGGAUAUGGUAUAAUUAUUUUAAAAUCAAAUAAACAUAAAAGUAAAAAAGAUGAAAGUGUAUAUUUAAAUCACAUUUAUUUUAUUUAAAUAAAACAAAUAUCUUUGCUGUGUUAAAAGCUUUAUUUUCCAAAUAUGUGAAUUCUGUAUUUGAGUAUCAGCUCUGAUGAUUUAUCUAGUUUUAUGCUGUUUUUGUCCCGCAGUGUGUAAGCGUAAUAAAAGAAACAUUAAAACACA